AUGUCUCGGCUACCAAAGACAAAAGAGGAAAUCUUGGCCACGGGUGUCAUUGACCCCGAGUUCAAAAAAGUGAUUGAAAAGACGCCAGUGCCUCGAGGCGCAUUCUAUCAGCUCAGCGAUCUAAAGGAAAUCAAUGAGCUGUCACUGCCAUGGACCCAAAAGAGGCUGGCAGCGAGCCGACCGCCGAAUCUCGCAGAGCAUGAGCGCUACAUCACCAUGAAAGAAGGCCAUCGGCUGCGGCUGCUAAUCAGCCACCGAGCCAACCUUGGCCCCGAGGCACGCUGUCCCCUCGUUGUAAUGUUCCACGGCGGCGGCCACUGCGUCGGGAACCCCGAGUCCCAGGUGCCUCUGGCGCGCCGUCUAGCGCUCGAGCACAAUGCCGUCGUGGUGCUGCCGACCUAUCGCCUCGCCCCGGCGGACCCGUUCCCGGCGUCCAUCCACGACGCGUGGGCCACGGUCCGCCGCUUGGCAGCCGAGACGCAGAAGCCGCAGGACCCGGCGGCGCCUCUCUUGCCGCGCCAGUGCGAUGCGUCUCGCGGCUUCAUUGUCGCCGGGACCAGCGCCGGCGCCAAUCUGGCGGCCUCAAUUGCGCAUCUGGCCCGGGACGAGAAGCUCGAUCCGCCGCUGACGGGCCAGAUGCUGGUGGCCGGCACCUAUAUCAGCCACAAGCACAUUCCAAAGCGUUAUCGGCCUUAUUAUCUGGCUCGGGAACAGAACAAGGACGCUCCCGUGUUUGACCUUGAUCUCAGCGAGAUGUUUCAGAGUGCCUUUCAGCCAGACCAUGAAUCGCCACUCUGGGCCAUCUUUGACCAGCAUGAUCCCAGGGACGAGAAUUAUGAGGACUCUGAAGACCCAGGGGUCAAGUACGGACACAUGGACCUGCCGCCCGCGUACUUUCAAAUCUGCGGGCUGGACCCUGGGCGUGAUGAUAACUUGAUCUAUGAGCGGGUGCUCAGAGAAGAGUGUAGAAUUGACACAAAAGCCGAUAUCUAUCCUGGAUAUCCUCAUGUUUGGUGGUCGAAUUUUCCGGAACUUGAAGCAUCCAAGAAGAGAGACGACGACGCUGUUCUUGGUGUAAAGUGGCUACUUGGGUUCAGUAGUUGA